UUUUAAACACCCCCCUUUGUAGUUUAAUGGGCAUUCCCAUUGCUUUUUGUGCCUCUCUCUAAAAAGCCUUGACGUGGAAAGAAGCAGCAGCAGGGGGUGGGGGGGACUGCAGCUCUUCUAAAAAUACGGAGGGCAUGCAGGAGCGUGAGCAGGCUGGGGAGGAGGAGGAGGGUGUGAGAGUGCCUCGCACCAUGUUUUCUGGAUGCCAGCUGGGUGCAGUUUUGGAAAUGUUCCUCCUGUGAAUGGAGGCACCAUGAACAUUUGGGAGGUGAUCCUGGCUUUCUUGAUUGUGGUGCUCAUCCUUGUGUCGUUGCUGUCCAAUGUGUUGGUGCUGAUCUGCUUUCUGUAUAGUGCAGAUAUUCGCAAGCAAGUCCCAGGAUUGUUUAUCCUCAACCUGACCUUCUGCAACUUGUUGAUGACUGCUCUGAAUAUGCCCCUCACUCUGGCUGGGAUCAUUUACAAGAAUCCACCAGGAGGAGACCAGCUUUGCCACACGGUGGGUUUUUUAGAGACUUUUUUGACUACCAACUCCAUGCUGAGCAUGGCAGCUCUCAGCAUUGACCGGUGGAUAGCAGUGGUGUUUCCUCUAAACUAUCAUUCCAAGAUGCGCUACAAAGAUGCUGCCCUCAUACUGAGCUACACGUGGUUACACUCAGUGUCCUUCCCAAUUGUGGCAACUUCUCUUUCUUGGGUGGGAUUCCACCACCUUUAUGCCUCCUGCACCCUGUACAACAAGAGACUGGAGGACAGGACCCAGUUUAUGAUUUUCACAGGAAUCUUUCAUUCCUUCAGCUUCGUCCUCUCUCUCAUAGUCUUGUGUUUCACAUAUCUAAAAGUGCUGAAGGUGGCACGCUUUCACUGUAAAAGGAUUGACGUGAUUACUAUGCAGACCCUUGUGCUACUUGUGGACAUCCAUCCCAGUGUAAGAGAGCGAUGUCUAGAAGAACAGAAGAGACGGAGACAACGAGCAACCAAGAAGAUCAGUACGUUUAUUGGCACUUUUAUACUUUGUUUUGCGCCAUAUGUAAUCACAAGAUUAGUAGAAUUGUCAUCAAUAGUUCCCAUCAAUGCUCACUGGGGAGUUAUUUCCAAGUGUCUGGCCUAUAGCAAAGCUGUUUCAGAUCCCUUUGUUUAUUCUUUGUUACGACAUCAGUAUAAGAAGACAUGGAAAGACAUAAUAAAUAAGAUGCUGAAAAGAGGCUCAAUAAAUUCAUCAGCUCUCACAAGUGAAUCACAAAGUCGAAAUUUUUUGCAAGGGAACGAAUGAAGAGGCAAAGAUGAACUAUUUAUGAAAUGUAGCAAAUGCUGGUGGACAAAAGCUGAAGAAUGGUAGGCUGGCAUCUCUGGGAUCAUCAGCUGACAAUAGUUUGGAAAGCCUGCCUGUUAAGUCUUCAGCAAUUUAGGUAAUUAAUUUCAAAGCAAAGUUGGAUGCCUUUUAAUUCUGAUAUACAAUAUAGUCUACAA